AUGUAAGAACAAUUAAAUUUAAGAUGUGAGGGGUAUAAUAUUUAAUUCAUUUCUAUGGAUAAUGAAAAUCUUAUCAGAUACAAAGCUAAAUUAUAAAAUGAAUAUUUAGCUAAUGACAUAAUGAUAACAGGAAAAUAUUUUAGAGAGGUUGUCUAAUAAAUCGAUGAUUAAACCUUUGUUGUGAAACAUCCUAAGGGGUAGACGCUAGAAUAAUUUAUUCAAGCGAGUAACUGGAUUCCAGAAAAUAUUGUUGAGACUAUCUUGAUUUAAAUUCUUGAAGGAUUAGCUAUGCUAUACUGUAAUCGUAUCCUAGGGAGAUGUUUUAGUAUUGACAACAUAAUAUGGGAUGGAACUAAUAUUACUAUGAUGAAUUUUGGAUUAUAUCCUGAAAUUAGUGAAACGCUAAUCAAUUAUAAUCAUAAUUUGGAUACUCUUCUUUUAGGAUAAAUAGCUUAUUGUUUGAUAACAUGCACGUCAAAGGUUGAAAAAAACUACAUAGAAACUUUGAUUUCUCCUCCUAUUUCACAAACAUUAAAAGAGUUAACUAAUCGAAUGUUAAGUCCAGAGAAUGAAAGAAUUUAAUUGUGGGAAGUAGCAGAAAAUUUAAAAAAUAAUCUAUCUGAGGAUGCAUAUAAAUUUUACGUAAAUAAGUAUUAAAAUUGUUGUAAAACUCUUAAUAAAAUCGUAGAGGAGAGAGAAUCAUUUUUUUGUUCCACAAUUGAUAUAUUUGAUUAACAAAAAUCAGAAUAGUUUGAAAGUCGAGAGUAGAUGAGUUACCUCUUAUAUUAUAACGAUAAAAUAGAUGAGGACUAAAUCAUUUGGGAUUAGUUACAUGAAGAAUUGUAUAAGAUUUAUAUUUUGACAAAUUUAAAAGAAAUAAUUAAAGAAAAGUAUUUUGAUCAAGAAAAAUCGAUUUACUUGGAUUAGUUAAAAUUCAUUGUUGAUAAAACAAUUUUGAUAGUAAUGAGUAAGUUUGAAAGAUAUUUGUCAACCCAAUUUUCUAGAGAAUCUUUUAGAAAAUUAAGAAUGAUAAUAAAAGAUACAAUUUAUUGUCAAACGUAAUUUUUCAUUGGAAAUGAUAUAGAAGCCAUCAAAAGUUCAAUUUAGGUCAAGAAAAAUAUUGAAAAACACUUUCAGAAUGUAAUAAAUUAUAAUUAUUGAAUUUUAGGCAAUUUUCGAAGAUGACUUUAAUGAUAUAAAAUUAGCCUUUAGAACUUAUGUUUUAAAUGUAUAUCGAUUUUAUUAGAGAAAUGCUUAAAAUUGCUAGGAUCCCCAAGAAAAAAGGGAACUAUCUAAAAUUUAGUUGCAAGUACUCAUGGCUAUAAUUUUGAACUAAGUAAUAAAAAAUAAGGAAAUUCAUUUUAAAACUGUUAAGAGAGUUGUUGGAACAGAUAAAAUAAGGUUGAAUGAUAUAGAAAUUAGAUUUUUUGAAUUGGCUUAUGUUGAGGAUAUUUAGGAAUAGAUUUCUGAAAUACAUUAAAUUUAUUUUUCUAAGUGA